AUGCUGGAAAAACUCAGUAGAAAGGAGCGGAAGAGACGGAGAGUGGAGGAAGAUAGUUCAAGUUCGGAAUCAUCAUCUUCUGAAAUAUCAGAACUUGAAGAAGAUAUCAAUGACGAGGAACAGGAAGCAGAAGCUAAUACUAAUAUUUCUGAACUUGACACUACAAAUGUGAAGGAUGAUACUGUCGGGGAAACUGUGAAAUCAUCAUUAAAAGACAUACAGGCAACCCGGAAAAGUAUAAGAAAGAUCGAGGAUCAAUUUCCAGAUAUGAAGAAGCUGGAGAUGGAAGUGGAUGCUGGAGGGGACCCUAGUAAGAUGAGAGAUAUUAACGGGAAGAUAGAUGAAACGAGAGAGAGGCUUCUAACUGAAUACUUGGCAAAGAUACUACCUUCAUAUGGAGAUGACUUAAUCCAGCUUCGAAGUAAGCCAGAUUUCCAUGGAGAGAGCUCAAUCCGUAUGAUUGCAGAACUCUUGAAGACGAGUGGUAAUAUAUUUGAUGAUGAGACAUUAAGAGCAGUCGUUGGAAAGGAUAUAUGA